CCCUAGCCUGACAUUUUGAACGAAGACAGCUCUCUUCGUCCGUCCGUUCGCAAUCCUCGUCGCGCCGUAGUAUCACCACCAGCUUCUCCACUCGCGACGGCUCUGCUUGGACUGUGGGCCUUCUCUCACAGCGAACACUAGAAUAAGAAAGAAGGCAUCGAAAUCGAGCCGCGACAAGGAUGGCAUCCCGAGGCAAUUCGGCGGCCGCCGGCGCAGGCUCCACCUCUGCCUCUGCCUCUGGCAGCGGUGGGGGAGGGGGAGGAGGCAUCUCAAAGGCCUACAGCUCGCACCUGGCCAUCCAGACAGACGCUGCAAAGUACCGUGGAAAGUACAAGGAGCUCAAGAAGAAGGUCCGCCAGAUUGAGAUGGAGAAUGACAAGCUGCACUACAAGACGCUGAGGAUAAAGAGGAACAUCCAACGGAUGAGACUAGAGCGGGCGAUCCUCUACGAGCGUCUCGAGGCCGAGCUGGGUGCCAGCGCCGAUCUCUCAGCACGAGCAACGGCCGCCAAUCCACAGGCGGCCGAUUUCAACCAAGGCGCUCCUCCGCACCACCACGCUCCACCUCUCCCGCCGCCUCACCACCACCAUCAGCACCACCAUCGUUCUUCACAUGGAGGCAGCGACUACCGCCAGCGCAGCGACGAGGCUGCCGGUGCCCCGUCCCGCAGUGGGCCCAGCCCGUCGUACAGCCCGUCACCCGCCAGCCAGCGGAACAUCGGUGCCGGUACCUCUCAGCAGCAAGGUGCUGCAGCUGCCGUGCCGCCCGCUCGAUCGAGUAGGACAGGCGCAGUGAUGGAUUACAGUCCUUCGCCGGAGGGAGACCCUGCACCACCCUCGGACGAUGUUGUGGCACCCGCGUCUGGCAGGACCUCUCCGCUGCCAACAAAUGCUGCAUCAGCCGCGGAGGGUGGCUCGAGGGGAGGCGCAGGAAGCAUGAAGGUGACACUCAAGAGGGGCAACAACCAUUCCAAUGGCUCAAACAACGGCAGCGCAAAAGAAGGGUCCUGGUAG